UGAGCUGCAUGCGAAAGAGAAAAAGAGUUCGGCGUGAAAGAUUUCUAGCUGAGGGAUGUCAGGUCCUCACAGCCAGAGGAGAAAACAGCAGGUUGGAAUCGCGACCGGGCGAGGAGCCAUAAAUCACCUGAGCAGGCGAGGAAGAAGCGCGAUGCUGUUUUAAAACCAUCGCCCACCGAUGACAGCAGCUUUUCGUCUGCAACACAAACCGCCGUUUGUUCUCCUGCAGCUAUGCGUAAUUUUCAGGUGCCCGUGGAGUUUGUGCGUAAAAGUGCGCGCUUCCCCGUGGUGCGCCACGCUCGCUUCCCGUGCUGUCCCCAUCCUCAUCCUCAUCUUCAUCUGAUCUAGAGCUGAGCAGCACCAGCAGCGCCAGCAGCACCAGCAGCUCGGCCGUCAACCCGUCUGAAAAUGGCUGUGCUGCGUCCCGCCCGGAGGGGAUCCGGUCCGCGUCUGACGGGGCUAAUGUGCGUUUUGUUGCUCGUUUUCGUCUCCGCUGCUUCCGCGAGUCGUGAUGCUGUUGCGGGAAACGGCGCGACGAGGAGAAAUCCAGUCGAGGACUCCCACAAUCACACCAACUCCAGUCUCAAAAAGGCUUUCCCCGUCCUGUCCUUCAACUACGACCACGUCAGGAAGCCCUUUGAGAUCUCCCUGUGGAUCCUCCUGGCCCUGCUGAUGAAACUUGGUUUUCACAUUAUUCCCCGGGUGUCGAGCGUCGUGCCGGAGAGCUGCCUGCUGAUCGUCGUCGGUCUGCUGGUGGGCGGCAUCAUCAAAGCCUUCGAAGAGGAAGCCCCCAUCCUCGACUCUGAGCUCUUCUUCCUCUACCUGCUGCCUCCCAUCAUCCUCGAUGCGGGCUACUUCCUGCCCAUCCGGCCCUUCACGGAGAACCUGGGCACCAUCCUGAUGUUCGCGGUGUUGGGGACCCUGUGGAACGCCUUCUUCAUCGGCGGGAUGAUGUACGGCGUGUGUCAGAUUGAAGGAGCCAAGCUGGGCGGCGUGGACCUGCUGUCCUGCCUGCUGUUCGGCUCCAUCAUCUCCGCCGUGGACCCCGUGGCCGUCCUGGCCGUGUUCGAGGAGAUCCACAUCAACGAGCUGCUGCACAUCCUCGUGUUCGGGGAGUCGCUCCUCAACGACGCCGUCACUGUGGUGCUCUAUCACCUGUUCAAGGAGUUUUCCCAGGAAGGGAACGUGACUGUGGUCGACGCCCUGCUCGGCGUGGUCUGCUUCUUCGUGGUUUCACUGGGAGGCAUCAUGGUGGGGAUCGUCUACGGCCUCCUCGGUGCCUUCACCUCCCGCUUCACCUCGCACACCCGAGUCAUCGAGCCCCUCUUCGUUUUCCUCUACAGCUACAUGGCUUACCUCUCCGCUGAGGUCUUCCACCUGUCAGGAAUCAUGUCGCUGAUAGCGUGUGGUGUGGUGAUGCGGCCGUACGUGGAGGCCAACAUCUCCCACAAGUCGUACACCACCAUCAAAUACUUCCUGAAGAUGUGGAGCAGCGUGAGCGAGACGCUCAUCUUCAUCUUCCUUGGCGUUUCCACUGUGGCCGGUCCUCACACCUGGAACUGGGCCUUCGUCAUUUUCACUGUGAUCCUGUGUCUGGUGUCGAGAGUGAUGGGAGUCGUCGGCCUCACUUACAUCAUCAAUAAAUUCCGUAUCGUGAAGUUGACCAAAAAGGACCAGUUCAUCGUGGCCUACGGUGGCCUGCGAGGUGCCAUAGCCUUCUCGCUGGGGUUCCUGCUGUCCAACGACGAUUUGAAGCACAUGUUCCUCACUGCCAUCAUCACAGUCAUCUUCUUCACUGUCUUCGUGCAGGGGAUGACAAUCAGGCCGCUGGUGGAGCUGCUGGCUGUGAAGAAGAAGAAGGACAACAAGGGGUCAAUUAAUGAGGAGAUUCACACACAGUUCCUGGAUCAUCUCCUGACUGGCAUUGAAUGCAUCUGCGGUCAUUAUGGACACCAUCACUGGAAGGACAAGCUGAACCGCUUCAAUAAGGCCUACGUGAAGCGGUGGCUGAUCGCAGGCGAACGCUCCACCGAGCCUCAGCUCAUCUCCUUCUACAACAAGAUGGAGAUGAAGCAGGCCAUGAUGCUGGUGGAGGGCGGGAGCGCCGCCAAGCUGCCCGCCAUCGUGUCGUCCGUCUCCAUGCAAAACAUUCAGCAAAGAGAGUCGGCCAGACGACGGGCGAUCCCGACCAUCUCGAAAAGUCGCGAGGCGGAGAUCAGAAAGAUUCUGCGAAACAACCUGCAGAAGACCAGACAGAGGCUGCGUUCCUACAGCAGACAUGACCUGAUGAUCGACCCGUUUGAGGACGGCGUGAGUGAAGUUCGCUUCAGGAAGCAGAGGGUGGAGAUGGAGAGGAGGAUGAGUCACUACCUCACAGUUCCUGCAAAAAGCCAAGAGACGCCUCCAGUGAGAAAAGUCUGCUUUGAACCAGAACACCGGGUUUACACUUACAACGACAGCGAGAGCCCCAGAGGACCGACCAAUCCCAGCUCUCCCGAUGCCGUCAGCCUGCUGAGCGAAUCGCCUCUGAGGCCCAAUCGGACGGCCAAAGGCCUCGCUGAGCUGAGGGCCAAAGUGCCCGACGAGCAGGAGGAGCUGAAACUAUCGCGCUGCCUUAGUGACCCCGGCCCGAACAAGGAGGGGGAGGGGGACAGGGGGGAGGGAGAUGGCUCCUUCCUGUCAUGAUGAAUGAUGUUUUGGAUGAUUUGUGGCGUCAGCUGCUGUAUUCAGUGAGUGGACAUCCCAAAGCUUGAUAUUUAUUCAUUGAAACUGUUGGAAGUGUUAUUCUUCUCCGUGCUCUGUUUGUUUUUUGUGAUAUGAGAUUAUGCAAAUUCUUUUCUUUCUUUUUUUUCCUCCCAUAAGCUCAGAAGGAUUUUUGUCAUGUAACACGUUACCAAAGCCCGCACCGCUGGCCUGUUUGCUGUUUCAGGAUUUUAUCACAGCCUGAAAUGAGCCAAGUGUCAGCAGUUUGUGUCUUGACUGCCACAAAACAAAAAGGACAGAGCAUUUGUUUUAACAAGCUUGAAGCACCAGAUGGAUGGAGUUUAUCCUCUCAAAUCACAGUAUUGCAAACGCGUGAAGGGGAGUUUGAUUGUCUCGGCUGACAUCAGCCCGUAGCAGAUUUAUCAGUGUUAGCAUUUGGUGUAUCGGCUGCUAAUAAACUGCAGUGCAGAAAUACCAAAGAAAUGUUUGAGGUGAUUUACGAGUCCAAAGUUUGUCUUCAGUCAAAGUUGGUGCAGACAUUCGGACUCUCCAGAGGAGGACUCAUAAUAACUUUGGUCCUCCUCUGACUUCCUGUUUAUGCCAACAUGACCAAAACACAGAUUGUGGUAAACCUCGAUCGGCCUCUUAGCCUCUUAGCAUUGGCUAACUGAAUGUCCAACAGGCAAACUGGUGUCUCUUUAGCGAAUCCCUCUGUGUAUAAAUCCUGUUCAAAGUUCUUUAAGAAAAAAAUUUAAGCAGAUGCUUCAAUGAUCACAAUUGUUUUCUGUAUCAUUAUCAAAAUGUUAAACAAAGCUCUCAACUCUCAGUAUCACCUUAUGGCUCUGACUAUAUUAUCAAGUAUUUAAAAAGAAAAAAAAACUACAAGAGUGUACAUUUAUUUGUGUCCUGGUGAAAUGGAAAGCACAAAUCUGGUGGUCCGAGAAUGUUAAAAUAACUAAAGCAGUGAAGAACAGACUGCACAUGUUGUUUGACGGAGGUCUGUGAACCAGCUUAGCACUGCGUUUAACACUGCUGCAUGACUGAUCAAUGUCUUCUCAGGGACUGCAACACGACAGGGCGCGACAGAAGCCCUCUGCAGAAAGAGAAUAAUGUGCUCUGUUUGUUAUGAGACUGUUUGGUUUGCUUAAGCGUUUUGACUGCUGAGAGCUUCUGUAACUUUCCAGCCGUAAUCGAGUUAGUUUUGUCGUACUGAAGCUCUACAAGUCCGUGUUCCUGUUAACUGAGUUUGCUUCCAGACUUGAAUUGGGGGGGGGGGGGGUUGAGGAGGUGAAAACCCUUUUCAUAAUGCAACAUUGCCUUAAAAUGUAUUUGCUUCCUGUGUGUGUGUAUGUGUGUGUGUUCCAGUUGAAGUAUUUUUAUAUUUUGAAUAAAACUGGUCCUCAAGUCAUCAGUAUUUGUCAAAUGCAGAAAAGCUUUAAAUCUUGUAUGAAAUAAAUGUAUAUCACUGUCUAAGCUCA